UGACGUAAAUGUUUAACAAUGGCGGACGGGCUGAAAAUACGGAUGAGGCUUCUUCACUAAUUUUUUCCCACUCAUAACUUCACUAAAAGUAUUGACUGCACACUUGAGUGGAAAUGGCUGAACAAGUUCCAAAAAUGAAGCUGAAGAAAGGUGUCAAACCAAAGAAAAAAGCUGAAGAAGAUGCAAAUGAAGAAGAAGAGCCACAGGGAGCCUCAGCAGUUGUAGAAGUGGAGGAUGAAGAAGUGACACCAAAGAUUAAGAAGAAGGGCAAAGGAAAAAAGAAAGGGAAGAAAAAGGCAGUAGAAAGGGAGGAAACUCCACAAGAAAAUAUUCCAAAGGAAGACUCCACAGUGUCUCCACCUACAGUUAAAGAUGAAGAAUCAAAGGAGAAUCCACCAGAGCCAUCUACAUCAACAGUGACUCCCCCUCCAGGUAAAAAGACUGUAAAAAGUCAGAUGAAGCCAUCUUCUUCACUACCUGUGGCGCCAUCUACAGUAGAGGGUGAGGAGGCAAUAAGCCGCCAGCCAUGGGAUUCGGAUUCUGCACCAGCGCCCCCUUCAACAUCAAAUCCAGAUGCUCCUGACGACUUAGAGGGGAAAUCGAUAAAAGAACCAAAACCAGCUUCUCGGCCAGCCAGUGCAGAAAGACCCGCGACAGGUCCUGGAGCUGAGAAAGAUGGCUUUCCUACGCAAAUACAACAGCGGCAAACUUCUACGCACAUUACAACUAGUACACCUAAGAAAACCAGCUACAAGUUUGAGGCCAGAGAGUUUGAUGAUCUGGACCCCAAGGAAUACGGCAUUGAACUGAGUGAUGAGGAAUUCAAAUAUGAACCUCCUGCUGAAGAUCACACACUGCCUGAUCUCUAUCGCCUCAUGGACACUCUGGAAGGGGGCGACUCGGACCUCGAGACUUCUCAGCGCCCUCCUGCUCUCUUCACGCGCCCGGAGCAUGUCCCAAAUUACCAGAAAAUUUCUGAACUUCGCCUGGCGAUGGAGGAGGAGGAUAUUCAAGAGUAUGUGGAGGGGUUUGAGACUGAUGUUAGGGACGAGGUGCUUAUGAUAGGGAACAUUUCAUUGGAGGAGAUUCAGGAAGAAGAGAAGCGACUUCGAGAUGAGCACAUAGCUUACCAACAACAGGAGGCAGAGAUUGCUCGUCAGCGCCAGGAAGGAAUUCUCAUCAGUGAGGAGCAAGCCAAGAAGCGUAUGGCAAAGAGGCUGAAAGAGAAACGCAGACUUCUGGCUAAGAGAGAGGAAAUAGCGCAGCAGAAGGAACGUCUGUUGAUGGACAGACUUCACAAGGCCUUCAGACGGUCAGAAAACCAGCUGACCACUGUCCUGGAGAGAAGGAAGGGAGAAGUUAAGACAAUGUAUGGAGAUCUCACAGUGUCAGAUGGUCACUAUGGAGGGAGUAAAGGCAGAAGAUGGAAGGUCGACUGGAACAAGACUCCCCAGCCAAUCCAGGUGAAGCUGAACUGCCUGAGAGGGGUCAAGGACAAAUUACCAGCUGGCCGUUAUGUGCUGAUGGUGUCCCUGUACAACAGACUGGGGGGCAUCGUGAUGAGAUGGUCCAACUUAAAGGGUCAGCAGUGGGGUGGGGCCACGCUGCCCACACACCACGACGGGAACUUCUACAAUGCUGAGUUAAAGCUGGAGCAGAGUGUGUUCACGGUCCUCCCCGCCAAGCCCUCAGUACGCCCAGGCAUGGUGCUGGUGUUCGAGCUUUUCCUCCUCCGUGGCGCCGUCGUACCCACUGACCGCGUGGUGGGAUGGGGGGCUUUCCCUAUCUGUGACNCAAAUUUUGACAAUUUACUGUUAUCUACAUCCUUAAAUAAAUCUCUGUCUUCUAGAUAUAUGGCUGGUCAAAAAGAAUAUGAAGUAGAACUUCAGUUCCUGUCAGGAAUUCUCAGUCAUCCAGACCGUGUGAAUACUGGAGAAGAGGCUAAAGACGGAGAGGAACCUAUCCCAGGAUCCCACAGCAAUAUGGGGUCCACACUGACCAAGGAAGGGGCCCAGAGUGAAGCCAAGCUGAGUCUCCACAUGAGCAGUAUCCUAGGUAAAAGCAACACCACUCUGGCAGAUGACGGCCUCAAGUCUGAAGAUGGGAAACCAGACAAGCUCCAUGUUGAUCUACGCCAGCGCCGCCCCAUGACGACCAUCGGAUCACGUAACAUUCACAAGGAUAACAAGGUCAAGGUCGGGAAUGAGAGUGACAGCGAUGACUAUGAUGAUGAAGAGGCCUUUAUGACCAAGAAAGACGAGGACUUCAUGCCGGUGAAGGGAGAACCUGGGCUUUUCUAUAAGAGACACAUGAACAACCCAGUGGAUGUGUACGCUAAGAAACUGUACACCAUGCUCCCUAAGACACCCAUUCUGAACCCUAAGAGACGCCAGAGGAAGCUGACCCAUCUGGAACAGCUGGAGCAACACAGCUUUAGUGUCAAGCCUCCGUUCUCAGAGAAAGGGCACCUGCCAAGACGCAGCUGGGAGAAAGUGAACUACGUGGGGCGCAUGUUUCUCGCGGAGUUAGGACUGUCACAGUGGAGAAGCAGAGAAUUCUGGGGAAUGGUGAUGCUGUUUGUUUUCAUCUUCUUCCUACGUCUCUAUCUCCAUUACAUCGGACAGUGGCUGUUCUUGAAUGCAAUCGAGAUACCCAUCAACAAGUUUGAGUUCCUCCCUUACACAGUAAACCUGAACUACCAAAGCACCCUUCUCCACACUCGUGAAGAAAUAGCCAUGGUCAGCUUGGGGCCGUUCUUGAUCAUUUUGACCUUCACCUUGCUGGUCAUUAUUGAUUGGCUGAUGCAGAAGAUCUUUGGGAUGUUCCCCGACCUCGGUAGCAAGUUUAUUAUCUGUUUUGGUAUCCAUGCUGUUCUGGAUCCCAUUACUAUUAUGAUCAUAGAUCUGAGCUUGCAGAGGUACCUAAACUCUGGCGGUGACCAGCCUAUAGCAGACUGUGCCAAGCUGUACUGGCAUUUCAACAGAGCGGAGGGGUCGGGACUGGCGGGCAUCUUUAUCACACUCUUCCUGUACUUCUGUCUCUGCUUCAUGGCUGCAGCUAUACUGUAUAUGUUCUUCCUCAGACUCCACAACAAUGGCCGCAUGUUGGAUGUGUACUGGCGUCUCCAUGGAGAUGAAGAUAUGUUCUUUGUACCACAUGACCUGGAAAUAUCCAAUCAGGAGCUCAGUUACAUCACCAAGAAGGCAGAACAGUGGCGAGGUGAAGAGGGAGAGAGACGCAAGACGGCAGUGUAUGAUUACAUAUGGGAGGAAGAGAAUGUGGAGGAGAGUAUCUGGGAUGAUGUUCCUGACCUGAAGAAGAACAACAAACGUGAGAUCACGACCCACGUCUCCAUCCAUACCCUCCAUCUUGACGGCCUCCGUGAGCUCUUCCGGCAUUUUCUACGUCUUCCGGAUGGCGCUAUUGUAGAGGUGUUUGGUGAGAUGUCAGUGACAGGGAUGGACAAGGACGUCACUUCUGCUCUCAAGGAGGGUGCUGGGAAGGUGGAGAACUUGAUGGGGUCACAGGCCAGUUUCCACAAGAUAAGGGGGCGUCAGACUGUCAUGACUGCCAGUGGUUUCCAAAAUGGCGAUGCAGGUUUAGGUUCGCAGAUCUUAAAGCCGCCAUCCCCAUCUGUGGGGGCUGCAGGAGUGUUUUUCAAGGACCCAGGGUCAAGGCCAAGCACUGCAGGGUCAGGCAAGUCAAGGUCAUCUACUGGGUCAAAGCCAAGGUCAAGGACAUCAACUCCAGAGCCAGAAGAAAAGAAGACAGCCUAAAUGGGACAGCUGAUUUUCCUUCAAACGAUGAUGUUGUGAAAUCAUUCUAGACCUAUGUUCUUUUUGACAUUAAAAGACCAUAUUUUUCUGAUUGAAUGAAUAGAACCUGCACUAUAGUACAGUUCAUUUAUGAUAUGAUGGAUUUAAUUUUUCUUAUAACUCCUUCAUGCUAGUAAUUUAAAUUGAAUAAUUAUAUGUAAUUUUUGGUAAUUUGAACAGCAUUUUAAGGGAGACUUAAUGACCAUUGCCCAUCAAGCAUUUUGUAGGGUGUAAAUUUGUUUUAUAGCCCCUUUUGUUGCCAAUGCCCUUCUAAAUGUGAUAUAUCUCUACUACACCAUAGUCCGUCCAGACAUUCAAUUGUGUAUCCUUUUCUUAUUUUUUGUUAUAUGAUAAUGCAACUGACAUAUUAUAUCUAACAUUAUCUAUUUUUGAUAAACCAAACAUGAAACAUUUUAUGAAUGUUAACCACUUGAAUGGCAUUCAUGUCGUGUAAUCUUCUGUCCAUUGUUUUCUUAUCAUGGUUCUUUGUAUAUUUUUGGGAAUUUUCUACUUCUGUAGCAUUUUCUUUGUAGUAGUGCAAUUAUUCAGAUAUCUCUCCAAUUUUAUUGUUGAAGUAUAUUGAUUGUCAUUUAUUCAGUUAAAAAUUUUAAUAGUCUUGUAUUCUAAGUCAAUACAUGGAAUUUAUUUUGAUUAUACUAAUGCUUUUUAGUAACACUUUUUUGUUUGUUAAAUAUUCUGUAAAUCAUGAUUUUAUGAUUUUUUGAUUUUCUGUGAUUGGGUUUUAAUUAUACAAAAUGAAAACUAAUUUUCACAAAGUGAACAAUUUUAGAUUUGAUAAAUUAUUUCCUAGUAAUUCGAUUGUGAUUAACAGUCAAGUAAUUAUUAGAAAAUUAGUUUUCAAUUUUUAAUACAAUUUAAUGUGAUUUAUGGUCCAGCAAAGUUAAACAAAUAUUUCUCUUGAGUGGACAAAAAACCUGGGCAAUGAAAUCCACUACAUUUAUCAACAUGUAUGCUGCAGGUCAGCAUAUGAUAAGAUAAUAUUUUUAAUAUGUAUCCAGAUGCUUUAAAUUAUAGCCUAUUUUUAAAAAUGAUAUAUAUCUAUAUAUACACGCUUAACCCCUGUAUAUAACCUCUCUGCGUGAUCUAUAAUACAAUCAAUUAAUGUAUAUCAGCAGAUUUAACCAUCCCAAUGUACCCUGUAUUUAAAAGAUUACUUGAAUCGGCACAGACAUGCUCAUAGUAAAGGUUGGUCCUCA